AUGAUUAAGUGCAGCUGGAAUUGCAGAGGGGUAGCUAAGAAAGGCUUCUUGGCACCCAUUCGAGACCUUAAGUCUCGUUUUAAUAUUAGUUUAUUGGCCCUUUUGGAGACUAAAAUCAGCGAUGAUAAGGCUUCUAAGAUUAGCUCCAAGUUUGGUUUUAGUAAAGUCCACCGACAAGACCCCAUUGGAUUUUCUGGGGGUAUUUGGCUGAUGUGGGAUGAGGUGGAGUUUUCUCUGCAGGUUCUCAAGUCUAACCACCAAUUUAUCCAUUCUAAGAUCAGUUACCAUAACCACACCAGAGAUGAAUACAUCACUAUGGUGUAUGCUAGCCCGCAGAGGCAUGAGAGACGAACCUUAUGGAAGGAUAUGAUGGACCUGAACGUUGAUAGCUCUUCCUCUUGGAUUGUUAUGGGCGACUUUAACUCCCUUUUGGACCCCACUGAGAAAUCAGGGGGUGGCCUUUUCUGCUGGGGAGCUUCCCUGAAAUUUAGGGAGUGUCUCGGAGCUUGCAAUAUCCAAGACUUGGGGUGCAAUGGACCUUCCUUCACGUGGAAGAGAGCUGGGUUACAAGAAAGGUUGGAUCGUGUGUGUGUAACUGAGGCUUGGAGCACUCUUUGGCCGAAUCAUUUCGUCCUUAAUCUCCCCUUCUAUAACUCCGACCAUAGACUGAUUCUUGUCAUGGAUGAAGGAGCCAGAAACAGGUCCAAUGGUGACAUGAGCUUCAAAUUUCUGGCGGCUUGGCUCACGGAUGACAGCUUUGGGAAUGUAGUGAAGAAUUGUUGGAGCGAUGACAAUGUCUGGUUCUCUAGAUCUGACAAGUUCAAGGCAGAAGCUUCACAUUGGCUUGAAACCACGUUCAGUAUGCUGCAAAAACAGAAGAGCAGGAUCCAAGCCAGACUGAGAGGUAUUGACGUGAGGCUUGAUCUGCAUCCGGAUGAAAACUUGGAGCUCUUAAAAAAGUCUCUUUGGUAUGAGCUCGAAGUGAUCCUAGUCCGUGAAGAAAUUUCGUGGUUCCAGCGAGCUAAAUGCAAUUGGUUAGAACUGGGUGAGAGAAACACCAGAUAUUUUCAUGCUAUAUCAGUGGCCAAACGUCGUAGGAAUAAGAUUCUUACUUUAAAAGAUGAUAAUGGUGUCUGGUUGGAGGAUGCUAGAAGAAUUGAAGAAUAUGCUGUUAACUUCUUCGAAAGGCUCUUUGGUGAUUCGGAAGACAGCUGCGAACCCUUGCCUUUCAAUGGUGGCUUCCCUAGGAUUGGCAAUGGCUUGGAAAGUCUUGGGAAUGUCCCUUCCAACUCGGAGAUUAAGCAGUCUAUCUUUAAUAUGGGGAAAUUUAAAUCCCCAGGCCCUGAUGGGCUAAAUAUGUUGUUCUAUCAAUCCUAA